UAAUCAACCCACUCAAGUGUGUAUCUUCUGUAUCUCUCUGUCUGUGUUUAUUUAUGUGGGCUUGGGUAUAAAAAAAGCUCCCCAUGCAUCGGUCACAGUCGUUUUAUCAACAUCACACCUUGGCAAUUGUACUCAACGCACUACUCCAUGUGUUCCUCAGUCACUUGCAAACCGCCGAACUUGUCGCUGUUGGUGGAAAAAUAAUGCCAAAGAACAUAAAAUAAAUGUCGGAGUUUUUUCUAAUAGUGUUCUGUGAAUGAAAAGAAGGAAAAACACACACAGUAGUCGUGUGAAAACAAGUGAACUUUCGCUAAAGUAAUAUUGAUUAUCGUGUCUUCAACCCAAUAAUUCAUAACGUCCAUCAGGCCAAAAAUCAAGCUCUGUACGUGAAGAGAUUUUAAUGCGUGCGACAAUCCGUACUCGGAAGUUCGGUGAAAUGUGCAAAAUUGCGAAGUGAAUUUGCUGUUGGAUUAUUUUCAAAUUGUCGCGCGAUUGUUCUGUGCAAGGGUGUUGAGAAGUGUGCGCCGCCAAGGAUGGCAUCGGAAGGACCUCUGAUCAUUAAGUAUCGCAAUGAGUUGUACGACAUCAGUGAGUUCGCCCACAAGCAUCCCGGCGGAAUUGGGACGCUGGGCGGCCUUGGCCAGAAUGCCGACAUCACGCAGCGCUUCGCCACGAUGCCGCCGCACUCGGCGGCCGCCAAGUACCUCAUGAAGGAGUACCGAGUGACCGGCGCGCCGAAGAUGGAGCGAAACGGCCACACAGCCAACGGAAUUCACCUCAAUGGACACAAUUAUCACCAUCGCGGCAAAGAAGCCAACAAUAAUGGCGAUCUUCAUGCCGCAUUAGACGAUAGCAUGGAGUACCUCGUGGAUUGGUCGGCGGCCAUGGUGCCGCAAAUAGGAAAGCUCGGCCGGGAUUAUGUGGAGUGGGUAAAUAAGCCAGUCGAUCGGCCGCUGCGCCUCUUCGGUCCGUGGUAUCUGGAGAUGUGCACGAAGACGCCGUGGUUCAUUGUGCCCACAUUCUGGAUCCCAGUGAUCAUCUAUCUAGUCAUUAAGGGCAGUCAGCAUGUGACAAUCAUCGACACUGAGCCACCGAUCGUCCAGAUUGCUCUGUGCUUCGCCACUGGUGUCUUGCUGUGGACUCUGCUGGAGUAUUCGCUGCAUCGCUGGGUCUUUCACAUGGACACGAAGGAGAUGAACAAGUACUUCGCCACUUUUCACUUCCUCAUCCACGGACUGCAUCACAAAGUGCCAUUCGACCCAUAUCGCCUGGUCUUCCCGCCCGUGCCAGCCAUGAUCAUCGUCUCCAUUCUCUAUCCGCCAAUUCUGCUCCUCUUCCAGUCCUACUCACUCGUCGGCCUGGCCGGUGGUCUCACAGGCUACGUGGUGUACGACAUGAUUCACUUCUACCUCCACUACGGCAGUCCAUCGGGUGGUCAUUUGUACUUCAUGAAGCGCUACCACUAUCAACAUCACUUCGUUCAUCAUGAUAAAGGUUUCGGCAUAAGUUCAUCGAUGUGGGAUGAUGUUUUCGGCACGAAAAUCCUACUCAGAAGUCUUCAGUAUAUCCUUCGGUGGAGAUAGAAGAAAAUUCUGUUCUUU